GUCAACACUCCGUUGGGAAAACAAACCGGUGUGCGAGCUGUAUGUAUCUCUUUAUACUGUAGACUGACAGGUGGUUGUAUAUAAUGGUUCGCCUGUUAUGACUGGAUUGGUCCACAGGUUUCUCUAGCUGCGCUGAAAAUAUAUAGACCGGCUGUCUACCAGUGUUAUCUCCCUUGAGUGAGCCAGUCAAGAUGCUGUUCUGCCAAAACAACACGCUGUGGACGUCCGUGUGGGUGGACGAGGGAAUCAACCAAUGUUUCUUCGACACGGUAUCCGCUGGUGUUCUGUUCAUCAUCAUCAUGAUAUGUGGUCUGACUCAGUGUCUCUUCUACGGGCGCUACGCCACCCUCAUACAGCCCCGCCGCAUCCCCUGGUCGGGGUGGUACGUGGUACAGGUCCUUAUCACCGCCCUCAUGGCUUGUGAGUCCCUGCUACACAUGAUUAUACAGGACACCUCCCUCGGACAGCAGUUGUAUGGCUAUGAGAUUCUGACGGCGAUGCUGUUGCUGUUUGCAUGGAUUGUCUCCCUUAGAUUAAUGAGCUUGGAGAGGAACUACGCCUUGCCGUCCAUACCUACGAGAGGCCAUGGACUAGUGCUGCUCCUGUUUUGGUGUCUGGCAUUCGUCAGGGAGAAUCUGGCGUUUGUUUCAUGGUGGAGUCAUAAAUGGUGGUGGUACAUGGAUGGCACAGAGAACUACCUGGAGUUUGGUUUCUGGGUGGUGCGGUAUGUCUUCACCCUCACUCUGUUCAUCAUGGGACUUAAGGCUCCAGGUCUCUCCCACAUGAAGUACGACAUCCUUGUCAAUGAUAUGUCUGGUGGUGGUGUCGGCGGUCAGUCCUCGUCCACCUGGAGCAACAUCAUGGUGAAGCUGCGGAUGAUGAUCCCGUACUGCUGGCCCAAGGGCAACCUGGUGCUGCAGCUGACUGUGUUUAUGUGUCUGUUGAUCCUGGCUGGGGGUCGUGUCAUCAACGUCUUCGUCCCUCUCUACAGUAAACUAAUCAUCAACAGCUUGACGCCCAGUAAAGAAACAAGUGGAGACAACUCUAACUUGACUGCUCCAACCCUGGCCUUCCGGUGGGACUACAUCUUGGCGUUUGUGGGACUCAGUUUCCUUAGAGGAGGAGGAGCAGGAACUUCUGGGCUACUUAACAACACUAGAUCAUUCUUGUGGAUCAAGGUACAGCAAUUUACCACCCGGAGAGUCCAGGUCAAGCUCUUCAACCACCUGCAUCAACUGUCACUGCGAUGGCAUCUACAGCGGAAGACUGGAGAGGUUCUCCGAGUGGUGGACAGAGGCACCAACAGCAUCAACAACCUACUCAGCUACCUCCUCUUCAACAUCGUCCCUACCAUCGCUGACAUCGUGAUUGCUAUCGUAUACUUCAUCACAGCUUUCAACUACAUCUUUGGGGUCAUCGUGUUCCUCUGUAUGGCCCUCUUUCUGACUUACACCUUCCUGAUAACCGAAUGGAGGACCAAGUUCCUCCGCCUCACCAACAAACUGGACAAUGAAGCUAAUGCCAAGGCUGUAGACUCCCUGUUGAACUUUGAAACUGUAAAGUACUAUGGGGCUUCAGAGUUUGAAACACAAAGAUACGAUACAGCCAUCAAAGCCUUUCAGUCCGCUGAGUGGAAGUCCACAGCAAGCCUGAAUCUCCUCAACCUGGGACAGAACUUCAUCGUGAACAUCGGCACUCUGACAGGGUCGUUGCUGUGUGCCUACGCUGUCGUGCACGGUCUCAGCUCACUCCAGCUAACAGUGGGAGACUACGUGCUGUUUGGCACCUACAUCGCACAGCUGUAUGCUCCCCUCAACUGGCUGGGGACGUACUACAGAAUGAUCCAGCAGGCAUUUAUCGAUAUGGAGAACAUGUUUGAACUUCUUGAAGAAAAUUGUGAGGUGACUGACAAACCCGGUGCCCCAGACCUUGUGUUGAAGGAAGGACAGAUUGAGUUCCUCAACGUCAGCUUCCACUACGACCCUGCGAAGCAGAUACUGAAAAACAUCAGUUUCACUGUACCACCAGGACAAACGUUUGCUUUGGUGGGCCACACAGGGAGUGGAAAGAGCACAGUAAUCCGGCUGCUGUUCCGCUUCUAUGACGUCAACAAGGGAACUGUGUUUAUAGAUGGCCAGGAUGUAUCACAGGUGACCCAGGGGUCAUUGAGGAAGCAAAUAGGCGUGGUCCCCCAGGACACCGUGCUGUUUAACAAUGACAUCAAGUACAACAUCCGGUAUGGCAAGGUUGAAGCGUCUGACGAAGAUGUGUACGAAGCUGCUACCUUUGCCGACAUCCAUCACAGAAUCCUUGGUUUUCCUAAUGCCUAUGAGACGGUAGUUGGAGAGCGAGGUCUGAAGCUGAGUGGGGGAGAGAAACAGAGAGUGGCCAUUGCCAGGACGAUGCUGAAAGCUCCUGCUAUCGUGCUGCUGGAUGAGGCUACAUCAGCUCUGGACACUAAGACAGAGCGGAACAUCCAGGCGUCUCUGGCCCGAGUGAGUGAGAACAAGACCACACUGGUGGUAGCCCAUCGACUCUCCACAGUCAUCAACGCCAACCAGAUCCUCGUACUGGAAGAGGGGGAGAUUGUCGAGCGUGGAUCGCAUGAUGAACUGCUGGAACAUGGAGGGUAUUACUACGAUAUGUGGCAGCAACAACUCACCAAGACUGAGGAAGGUGAUGAGAAUGGCGAUGAGAAUGGUGAUGAGAAUGGCGAUGAGAAUGGUGCCAGUGCAAGCAAUGGUGGUGACGGCAAUGGUGAUGUCAAAAGCUGAAGACAAACUGAGUGAUCUGCACAUCUUGAAGAUCCUCAGCAGUUAGGUGCAUCUUGAAGCGCCUCAGCACUUUUGUACAUCGUGAAGAUCCUCAAUGCUGUACAUCUUGAAGAUCCUCAGUGGUGUUGUACAUCUUGAAAAUCCUCAGCUCUGAGGUGCAUCUCGAAGAUCCACAAUGUUGUAAAUCUUGGAAGUCCGCAACGUUGUAUAUCUUGAAGAUCCUCAGUGGUGUUGUACAUCUCGAAGAUCCUCAGCUCUGAGGUGCAUCUCGAAGAUCCACAAUGUUGUAAAUCUUGGAAGUCCGCAACGUUGUAUAUCUUGAAGAUCCUCAGUGGUGUUGUACAUCUCGAAGAUCCUCAGCUCUGAGGUGCAUCUCGAAGAUCCACAAUGUUGUAAAUCUUGGAAGUCCGCAACGUUGUAUAUCUUGAAGAUCCUCAGUGUUGUACAUCUCGAAGAUCCUCAGCUCU